AUGUCGGCUCCCACGGGGGCGGCUCACGGCGCGGCCGCGGCGCCGCCUGACGCGGAGCCUGUGUCCGCAGACAGAGAGACAGGCGCAGCGCUGCCUUUCGCUUCAGCGAGGUGUGUGUCUCGGUCGUGCAGUCUUCCGGUCGACGUCGUAGGCGGCGGAGACGGCAGGCCGGUCGCCCGGGAGGAGGAUGGAGACACCCGCCAGUUUGCAGUCCUUUCGGCUCCCGUCGUCUCACACGAGCAAGAGCAUGCCGGAGGAGGGGGUCAGAGUCAAUCGCCUGGGCAGUACGCGCACUUCAAGAAGAAAAGUGUGAGCUUCGAUAUGGCUGGGGUUGCGCGGGCAGCGCAGGUGGAGGAGGACCACGACCGCGGCGGGUCCGCGGUCUUGCCAGGGGCCUGGAGACCGUCCCACGUGUUUUCCGCGACUUCGUUCCAAGGCGUCAACGCUGCUCUGUCCCCCGAGAAGCCUCGUGCGCGCGCAAGCCCGGCGCGAGAGAAUCCGGCGGACCGUUGCAGCGUUCUCCAGAGAAGGACGCCGGAAGGAAGCCAGUCGUUUUCGCGCGUGCUCGGGAGUGCUGGAGUCGCGGGCGCGAAGUGGAGACUUGCGGGGGAAGGAGACUCUGCCGACGCGACGACUGUGGCGCCUGUCCCCGCGGUCGUCGCUUCGCCGCAGCCCGCCGGGGCACCAAUUCACGCGGAGGCCCCUGCAGCGGUGGCUCCACUUUCUCUCCACGGCGGCGGCUCAUUCUACGGACAGGGUGAAGUGGCCUUUGAGUUGAGUCGGCAGCGUCUGCCUACUGGCUCGCCUUCCCGAGAGUCAAGAGCUCUCGCUCAGUUUCAGAGUGCCUGGAGCUCCUUGCCGGUGCUGUUGCCAGAGGGGCGAACUCGAGGCGGGCUCGAAAACCAGGGGCCGGGCUGCAAGUUGGAGGAGGACCAAAGUGUUGAGAGUUGCGAUGCAGAGGCAGGUGCGGCAGCUGCUGCACUCCAGAGCAGCGUGGUUCGUGGACAAGGUACGUCAGAGGAAGAAGGUCGCUGCGCGUUUGGGUAUGCGGAGGAGGGCAGCCGUCGGAUACUCGAGCCCCCCGGCAGUGGCAUUUUUCGGGGUCAGCGAGCCGAAAUUGGAGACCUGCUGGCGGCGGCGUCCACGUACGCGCCUUCCUCGUACACCGUUACGGCGCCGACCCCCCCGUCGUCGCCGUACCACGCAGACCAUCGCGUCCAGUCGCCCAAGACUCCGGUGUAUGGGAUGCACCACAAUCAGGUGCAGCGUGUAUUGGCGCCGCUCGCCUCUCUGUUCGGUUCAAUCCGAAGUCGCACUGGUUCGCUCGACGACGUUUUAUCCGCUGCCGCUCCUCUUACCCAGAGCGCGGAACGGGGCGCGGCUGGCGUCGGCCGGGCUGCAGACGGGUUCGUUUCUCCGGUAGGCGUCGCCUCGGUCUCGACUGCAGGGGGCGAAGCCUGCAGUGUGCAGCAACUGCAGGACUCCCUUCUGGUGCGGGGGCCUGGCUAUCUCCCCGCGGCGCCAUCGCCCGUCCCGUAUCUCGGCUUUUAUUUGCGGGACUCUUCGCUUCACAACUCGCCGAGAGCUCACCUGCAACAACCGCGCAGCCGCCCGCCGGGUUUCGAGGGAACGGACUUGCGGUCUCCGGCGUACCCUUCGCCCCAUGUCGGGCCUCUUCCGGCACCUCGAGCUACUUCUGCCGUCUCUCUCGCAGGGUCGCUCGUCGCUCCGUCGCGCGCACCUACAUCCCCGUCGCUCAACCUGUCUACGUCUCUGCAGUCGUGCCCUUCUGAACUCUUCAGAAACUCUCUCAGCCUGGCAGGGAUGCUUCCUCACUCGUCCGCCUCCCUCUCCGCUCUGCCAGUGGAAUGGUGGGACAUGAUGUCUGGAGCCUUUCGAGGCUGUAGCCCCGCGUACAGCGGCGCUCCAUUCCCGGCUCAAGGUGUCCCGCAGAAGAACAACGCCGUGCUGGUGCGUUGUGCAGAGACGCUCCUCCUCCACCAGAGAGAGCAGCUGCGUCAGCUGCAGAUUCGCCUGCAGGAACAGCUGGAGAAACAAGCCAAAGUGGGGGAGAAGAGCGAGGAGGCGGCAGCGGGGAAAAGCGAGAGGGCCCCUGAACGGGUCGUCCUUCCCACUCAACUUCUUUCGCCUUCCUUGUUCGCAUCCCAGCCUUUUUCCGGUUCGCCGCCAGCGUCUCGCGAGACGUCCGCCGUCUCGCCUGGCUGCUGCGGAGCUCCGCUGCGGAUGAACGAAGCCUCGCAGUUGCGGGCGGCGAGCCUCUGGCCGCAGCCGGUCGCGGCGGGGGCCGGCAGGAACGAGGGCGAAGGCGACGGACACGCGAGUUGGCUCCGAGUUGGGAAGUCCCCGCCCUGUGCGUCCGCUUCGGAACUUUCCGGCCAGCGAACCGCCCAAGCGACGACGUCGCCGUCUUCUGAGGGUCCUGCUGAGCCGCCCCUGCGCAGCAGACCUGCUUCGGUGGGGCGCCGGGCGGAAGGCGUCAAGGAGAGCGGACACAUUGAGUUCCCGCAUGCCCCGUGCGGCGGCUUCGUCCUCCAGCCAGGCCGGAUUUUGACGACUGAUUCUGUUGGCGUCUACAAUGGAGGCUUUGACAACCGCGACCACGACUACAUGGCGAAACAGUUCGAGUAUAUCUUGCCCGACCACUUGUUCCUCCAGCCGCCCCCACUCCAUCAUUGUCUGUGUGCGCGUGGCAACGACAAGGAGGAUCGCGGCGAGGAGGAGAGGACACGGUCUGAGGGCGAGGCCCUAGCUGGUGCAGUGGGAGCGCCGAGGGACAAAGGGGAUAGAGGCCUCGCCACGGGAAAUGCCGGCGGGGUGAAGACGCGCGGCCAGGAGUCAGGCCGCUGCCUGCUUGCGGCUGCAGAUCGGCGCACGUGCAGCGCCAGCCGACGAGGCGCACAGGCUGCAGGGAGCGAGUCGAAAGGGAAGUCUGGUGGCGAGGGUCUGCUUCUGUCGUCGUGUAUUUCUUCUUCUGAGCGCCGGUUGAGAUGUCGCCGGUGCCGCGGGUGGGUGUCUCUGUCUACCGGCGGCUCCAACGACUCCUCCAGAGAACGCUGUCGAGGGGACGGUCAACAGACCUCAGUGGGAGAAGACGGCGUCGUGAGUGAAUGUGUGGAGGAUGUUUCGUUUUUAGACACGUGCUACUAUCAGGUGCAUGAGCUGCUAGGCAGGGGCACCUUCGGUCACGUUUAUGAGUGUUUGCAGUACGACGGUCUUACCGGGAAGCCUGUCUCGGUGGUGGCUGUGAAGAUUGUGAAGAACGAAGAAGCUUACAUGCGGAAUGCGCUCCAAGAGGUCUUCCUCCUCCGUCUGCUUUUCCGUAAUCUAACGGAGACGCACGUUACGAACGGUAUUCAGGCGAGAGGCAGCGAGGGCACGUCACGUGGCGAGCCCAGAAAGGAUGCCGGAGGAUACCGUGGGGGAGUCAGGGAGGCUGGAGGAGUGGGUCGGGAAGAGGGCGAGCGACGCAUACAGGAGGAGGAUAGGUCUUCGAAGGCGGAGAGACCGGUCUCGUCGGUAGAUACGUCACCGGAGGGACAGAGAAAGCCGGGGGGAGAGCAGGCGUCAAGUCGGGGUCGCGAGGAGUGCCGACUCAUUCGAAGACGCGUUGGGCAUCUGCUUCAUCAGUUCACCUACCGGCGGCAUGUCUGUCUGGUUUUUGAGCUUCUCCACACAGACUUGUAUCAGUUGCUGAAAAAGGGCCGGUUCCGUGGCCUGCCGCUCGUCAUCGUGCAGCAGAUUGCGGUUCAACUUAUCCAGGCUGUUUCUCAGCUUCAGCAGGCCCGGAUCGCGCACUGCGACUUGAAGCCUGAGAAUGUCCUCAUUUAUUCUGCCACGGUGACGGAGAAGGUGCGCCGGUCGGGCUCGCGGCCGCAGCGAGCGGUGCAGCAAGCGCUGCCGACUAAGAAGGCGCCUUCUCAGUCAUAUGCAAAGGCCGCCGGCGGGGUAGCUAGCCCGCAGCGCAGUUCAGACUGUGCCCUCAGCGCUGAUUCUGCCCCCUCACGGGAAGAAGCCACGGUCGCACCAGCUGGCGCUCUCGAAGGACUAAAAAUUGCCGCAGAGGAGGCGUCCGCCGUCAGCGCUGAAGGAGAGGCGAUACUCGAGAAGCACGUCGCAGCGAGCAGGGCACAGAAUUCAGUGCGUGGUCAUCAACAGAGUGCUCAGGAGGAAGAGUGCGUGGAAGCAGCGCAACAGAAAAGAACGCAGGAGAGGGGGUCUACCGGAGAGUGUUCAGAACUUGGAGUCGGGCCAUGCCCCAACGCGGGCGUGGCAAGGACGCCGGCAGGAACUGCGUCCCCGAUGCCAGCAGGAAGGUCAGAGGAAGGCCUCUGUGGUGACGGGAGUUGGCGCAGGAGCGGCAGCAGCGCGCCUCUCUCGCCGGUUCGGUAUUCUGCGUUUUGCACUCGGGAUGACGCGGGAUGUCGCGGGGACAUGGAGGCUGGACGGCGUCGCACUUUGUCAGCAGGUUGCUGGAGGACGUUACACGCAGCGAUCUCCUCCAAAUGCCACCGCGCCGAGUCGGGAGGUGUCUGCCCUCUGCUAUUGGCGGGCGUGCAGAGAAUCUGCCCUGCAGGAGGAGGGGGCACGCAGAUGCUUCGGCGGAAACCGAGAGAUGCUUUGUUGCUCAGCGGUGGAAACUCAGACGAGAGAGGGAGCGAAGCGGGGAAGGAACAGAAGUGCGGAAUCGGGCGGAUACACAGCGAGGGUGACUCGUCAUCUACGGCCCGAGUGGGAGACGAUAUGGUUCCUUUCGCCUUGUCCGCGCAAGAGAUCGACCGCUUGUUCGACUCUGUUGCAGGCGCCGCAGUCUCUGGUUCAGCGCCCCACUCGGCGCUGGCGUCUACGUCGCUCCCGCGUUCUGACGGCAAGGAAGAAACUUCAGCUGUCCGAGGAGCGAGAGCCGGCGCGCCUGUGCUGCCACCCGCAGCGGAGAUCCGUCUCUUAGGUGAGGGCAGGAGCCUGGUCAAUGAGGACAGCGACGGUCGUGGCGAGCGCCCUGCUGGGAAGUCUUCAGCGCCUGCCACGUCGGUCAGUAGCGAAGGGGGACAGGCAGUUCUGCAAGGAAACGAGGCCGGGUGCGGGGCGAGCGCCACAGUUCCGCGCAAAGAUCCCUCCGCUUCGGGAGAGGCCGCCGGCGCUAAGGGAGCAACAGCGGGACCGCGAAAGGACAUCCUCCCGUCGCUCUCAGUCUCGCCGGCCGAUGGGACGCGGGAUCGUCACAACCAGCAGCAGAGGAGAGCCUCAAGGUGCGCGCUUUCUUCUGCCACGGGGCAGGAGACUGGGGUCUCGAACGAGGAGGGCGCGAAGAAGCGGCACGGUCGUCCGGCUGCGAGCGGGGAGAAGAACGACCAGGGGAGUUCUGCGGGUGCCCAAGAACUCCGUUUGUUCAUCAAAGUCGUCGAUUUCUCUUCGUCGUGCAUUCUGCCCAAGACACUGCCUAAGCCGGCCGUCUCCGAUAUUGUGUCGCUGGCGCGCAUGGCGGACAAUUGCCAGUCCCCGGCGGUCUCGAUCUACCCCCAGUCGAGGUUCUAUGGCGCGCCUGAGGCAUUCCUGGGGGUGCCGUACUGGGAGAAAAUCGAUCUGUGGGCCGUCGGAUGCAUUCUCGCGGAGCUGUUUCUCGGUCAGACGCUCCUCCCGGGCGCGAGUGACUACGACCAGAUACGGCGGUUGGUGGAGUUGUUCGGGCUCCCUCCCGGCUGGAUGCUCGACGCAGGCGCGCGAGUGCGUUCGUACUUUGUGAAAGAAGAGGCCGAAGGGCAGGUCGGUGGUGCGCGCGCGCGCGCGGUCGCCAGAGAGGAAGGGGACGAUGCCUUUGUUUCCACCGAACCCAGCGACUGUGGCGCAGCUGUCGCCCCCAGCGGGGACGCCGCCAACUCUUUCGCGACCGGACACGUCACAUCCGCGUCGGCGUCAGGAGUGACGCGAGGAGGGAGCAAGGCAGACAGAGCCCAGGGGGAAAGCGCCGGCAGGAGACUGGCUGCGCAGCGUCCGCUCUGGAGAAUCAAGACUGUUUCAGAGUAUGAAGCGUCCACGGGCUCCGUGGAGCCCGUUCCGAGGAAACACGCAGACAUCAGGUGCCUCGCAGACUUGCUGUGCCUCCGGCCUCUUAUAGUUCCUCAGCGAGUGAGUCGCGAGGCGCAUCGCGGGCACGCGCGGACGUCAUCGCAGACUAAGGCAGGUGAAGCGCCGUCUUCGCUGCCGCCCAGGCGCCGGAGUGCGAAAUCAAAGCCGUCGUCGCGGAGCCGGGACGCGCGCUCUUCGUCACCUCAGGCCCCACGUCAGCCUUUGUCUGCCUCUGCUACGUUGGCUCAAGCGUCUCAGGCACACGGGGGUCGAGAAGAGAGAGAGACCACCAGUGAGCAGAUGGAAAGAGGUUCCGCUCGCGCAGCCGCAGCACCGGAAUCGGGGGACGUGGGAACCGAGCCGCGACAGCCAGGGUGGAGCCGAGACCAAGACCAAGCGAACGAAGGAGACGAAGUCGGUAAGGCUUCCGGCGAAGGCCGACAUGCCAAAGCGAAGACUGGCAGCGAGGGCGAGCCACUAAGGCGCCGAAGCCCGCACUCGGGGUGCUGCCUGACGUGCUCCACGGGGGACUCCUCGUCCUCGCUGUGCUCUUCUUGUUUCGCGCCUCUGUCGCCGUCUGGAUCUCAAAGAAAGCAGGCCUCAGGCGACGUGUCGCCUUCCCACCUCUGCGCUUCCGUUUCAGAUGCGUCGAAAGCCAACGAGGUGAAGGGAGUCGCGCGUCCCUCGUCGGUGUUUGCUGCUGUCACGGGCGAGUCGGCAGUUCAAUUUGCGCUCCGAGCCUCGCGCGAACCUUGUUCUAGGCUCUCCUCGCAUCCUCGGCAGACGCAGGAGAGGGAGGGCGGGGAGCCCCAGGGAGGUCCGCCCGCGGGGCGCAUGUCCAGGCCUCUCACGAUGCGCAGUGACAGAUCCUCGUGCUUCCUUUCCCCUUCGCCGUGUCGUCUUCCUGAGCUCGCUUGCACGCGACAGCAGACGCAGCUGCACGACGCGACGACAGAGGAAGGAGAGGAGGCAGUAGGAGACGUAGCGAGGAGAGAGGCGCAGUCGAGGCAAGGCAGCGCGAACGCAGACAAGCAGCAAAGACAUAAAGAAAGCAGAGAACGUCAAGCUGAUGCAGUAGGAGAAAGAGAAGCUCUUCCGCGCGAGGGGUGUGCGGCAGAAAGCUCGUCCAGGCGUGACUCGUCUGUUGAACGCCAAGAACGCCUCCGCCGUCUGUUUAUCGACUUCUUGGGGGGGCUACUUCAGGUAGAUCCCCUGCAGCGUCUCUCUGCGGAGGAAGCGCUAAGGCAUCCGUUUAUUGCGAGUGCAGCCGCGUGCUUCUCGGGAGACGAGCCUUCGACGUCUGCGGCGUCGGCGGGCGAGGAUCGACAGCAGCCAGCGACAGAGUCGGCAGACGCGCAGGCGGACCGCCAGUAUCGCCGGUGGCAAAGCAUUCACCUGAAGAACGUUCUCACGCUUUUGGAUACAGAGAGAGCGAACCAGCAGAAGCGCCAGGAGAAGCAGUCCCAGAAGAUCCGCGAGGACGCCAUGGGUAUCGUCCCGUACACGGAGAAAGAAGUGUCAAGCGGCUUCCCCGUGUGGAAGGCAGUCGUCCGGGCGCAGGCAUCGUUCCUGCUUGGAGUUCUGGGCGAGAAGGACUGCGAAAGAAGAGACAAGAAGGCAACAGGCUCAGCGGCGGCAGCCUUCUUGACUGCUGACCAACCGCGGAGCGUUCCCGGGGUCUCAUCAAACACGACUGUCCAUGUCGACGCGAUGGCGCCAAGUGCGGGUGGCAAAAGGUCUUUUGCGGGCUCAGGGCAUGCAGGUAGCAAGGAGACUGGUGUGGCCCAUUCAGCGAGAGACGGGCGACAGGGAAGCGACACGCAGGUGAGCGACCGAGGCGCGCAGCUUGCAAACGCAAGCGACUGCCACCGGCCGUUCCCGCCUCCAGGCCUUCUGCCACCUCCAGGCCUGGCGGGGGCGGACGAGGCAGGAGGAGGCGGGGAUCGCGGAACCUCCAGGGUGCAUGCGCCGCAGGGUAAAGCGCUCUCUGCCUCCUCACUUUCGGAGGCUGGAGCGGCAGGUGCGUCGAUUUUGUCAAUGUGCUCUUGUGACCUCGAGGGGCAGAAGGCGAAAUCGGGUGAAGGCCAGGCGCUUCCAGGAGAGAUCGAGCGAAGCCGACAAAAGCCGGGUGUACAGGGGAGACGCGCGGAGCCACAGAGAGCUGUUAGGUCACCCGCCCGCCAGUCUGUGUAUAAUGCUGCGAAACAGGCAAGUGCCUUCGGCAACUCUUUGGGUUCCGCUGAUGUGCCGGGUUCGUCACACGCAGUCCCGACGGAGUAUGGAGAGGGAAAAGAAAGAAGAAACGACUCGACUCACGCUUCUUCAUGGGCGACGUGUGCUGAGUCGCAGCCUUCAUCCUCUGCUUCCUCGUCGUCGACGGCGUUCCCGUUAUCGUCUGCCCAGCCUUCUUCGUCCUCUUUUUGUAACGUGGAAGCAGCAGCAAGCGGCGACUCUUUACAGGCUCUGGCCGUCGAUCUCUCGCGGUCGCAGAAGGACAAAGAGACUGGUGCUCUGCUCAAGCGCCUCCUUCAGUUGCAUGAGCGGCGGAUAGUUCUCCAGAGGCAAAUCCUCGAAAGAAGGCGCAAAGAAGAGGAGGAACAGCGGGCACUGUGGAUUCAGCAGCAGGCUCUUCUUCUGCAGUUGAGCCGAGGCCGGGAAGAAGAUAUUCGUCCGCUUCUUCGGCAGCUCUCUCUUGACCAGCCGCUGCAGCAGACGCACGCUAUCUUGGAUCCGUCGUCGCUGGCGGGCGCGGUAGCGUCUUCGCAUCUCUUGUCUCAGGGUCGGCUCCUAGGUAAAGCAGAGGAUAUGGGACAACAGCUCCAGGGAGAUAUCGAUUUGUUGGGGAACGCAGGGCGGCAGACACGCGUAGAAAAUCAGGAAAAUCCGCUAUCUCUCUUUGCGGCGGCGGCGCAGCCGAUGUCUUCGAAUCUCCUGCAGGUUCAGACUCCGGGGCUGGCUGGCUUACCAACCGGACCCGCAGCGGUCGUCCCGCCUGGCUUCCAGCAGGAGGGCAAGCCCCUGCGCCGGCGAACUCGCGCCUGGACGUUCGCGUGUUCAGCGCUUUCGGUCUCCAGGGAGACGCGACUCGCAGGCGUGUCGUCUCUGUCGUUCGCGGGGGCGUCGCCGCUGCCCGACUGUGGGCAGGUCAGUGGGCGCGGAGGUGCUGUCGAGACCGAGGGAGCCGCGCCUGGCUCGCUUCCUUUCCAGUCGCCGUCGGCGCGCCAGGCACCCGUCUCCUGUGGCGACGGCGAGGGCGUGCGAAACGCAGCGGAAGUUGCGGCUGUCUCACCUCCAGCAACGCAUCCGUCUGCCAACGCCUCCCGUGAGCAGGGAAGCGGCGCUCCGCAGGCCCCCGCGGCAGCUUCGUCCUCUCCCGCUUGCGGCUCACCAGUGCCCGUUCCGCACGCGGCGUGUGUCGGUGGUGAGAGUGUGCCUUCUCACCUCUUGUCUGCCCUAGGCGAGUUCGCCAACGCCUCCAUGCGUCUGAGCGAGGGCCCCGCGACGUCGCCUGUUGCGGACAAACGGGGAAUUCUCAAGUCGCCGGGCGCGCGCUUCUCGCUCACAGACGCCGCCACGUUUGGCAACCUCUCCCCUCUGCCGCGGAACGCCUCGUUCCCCUCUGUGCCGCUCAUGAGGGAGGACGCGGGAGGUGCUGACACGUGCAGAUCCCAGACUUCCUAUUCUGCCAUUUUCGUGCACGGCGGGGAGGCGCAGGUUGGAAAGGACCUCGCGGCUAGGCGCGAAGUGGAGAGCGUCCUCGAGGGGCAAGGUCCUCUCAAGGCGGCGGUCUGCAGCUCGCGGGAGGCGCGGGAAGGCCUGCACACUGCGGACGCACAACACAGCGCGUGGGCACGAGUUCGCACCCCUUUCGUGAACGCCGUCGCGGCAAGCAAAGAUGAGCCACGCGCUUUUCCGCAUGGUCAGGUUGCAUUAGCGCCGCCGUGGGCAGCAGCGUCGGAAGUCGUGACUGGGCAGAAGAGAGACGAACGAGCAGUGAAUGAGGAAAUCGCUCAGCUUGCGCGUCAAAAGGCGGCCGCGCCUUUGCCUUCGCCUCCGGCUGUACGCGGUGGUGCGGGCGCGUCUCCUCUGACUGCACUUGCCGCUGCGGCUGGCGUCCCCGUGGGCUCUCCUUCCUGGAGGAUGGCCUCGCCCUGUGCGGCCGCAAGUCGGAGUGACGCGCAGCGGCGCUCAGAUCCGAGUUCUCUCGUUUCGGAGGCGCCGUCUUUCCCUCUUCAGGAGGCGAAUGGUCGCCAUGCGAUGCAUGGGACGCCCCCCUGCAUCUCAGUUCUGCCGCCCGGGUCGUAUUCGUCCCUUCCGUCCCACGGAGGCGCAUGCGCGCAGGACGCCGUGCGCCACGAUCCGCUGGUCGGCGGGAGCCCGCCUGCAGCGCCUCUGCCUUGUGAGCGCGAGGAGGAGAGGGUCAGCACACCUUGUCUCGCCGGGUCAUCGCCUGCGGGGCUGGGAGGGCUCGCGCCGUUUGACGGCGAGAGACGGCUCGAUGGGCGGGAGGACCUGUCUGGGUACGAGUCCUGGGCUGCGUUCAACACGCCUUACAGCCCUCUGUCGCCGGCAGUGUCCUCCCACGCGCUGCGCCGAACUCCGGCUCCGCUCGAUGCGUCGUCAGACUACUCCUGGGGGCAGUCGCAGGGCUACGACGGGAGUUCCUCUGCCCUCGGCCUUCUUCACAGUCUGUGGCGACUCCCGGUCUCCCCGUUCUACUCGCUGCUCCGACCGACGGGCAGCGUCGUCCCGAGUGUCGCCGGCAGCCGGUGCUGCUCGCCCGUCAGCGAGCGCGAAUUGACUUCGUCUCCCGGGUUUCGCCCGGAGAGCCGCGCGUCUUUCUCCGUGGGAGGAAGUCGCCGGAUUUCGCAGGACCUGAGGGGUGUAGCACGGAGCCUGCGCUGGGGCGGAUAUCUCGGCGCCGCCGAGGACUUGGAGGCCUCCGAGGCGCGCAGCGGACGCCAGAGUGUGUUGCGGGGCGGAGGCGAGUUCGACGGACGAGUCAGCUCCGGGGGGAUGAGCCGCCCGGCGUGCGUGUCUGCGUUGCCGCACUGGUCGGCGACUGCGUCGUAUCCGCGCUACGGGAGUUCGUGCCUCGUGUAUGGUGACAGGAAGAGCAGCACGCCGUCGGGGGGAGGAAGGGGUCGGCGGCGGCAGCGGCUGACGAGGCGUCGAACAGACGAUGCCUCGGGGGAGACUGAGUGGGGUGGGAGCAGCAGAGGGCCGUUUGGGCGCGACCGCAGGGAUGAGGGUCAGGGCAUGCGCUUUCCUCCUUUCGCGGAAGACUUCAGUCAUGUCCGCGAAGUGUUGCAGGGCGCGCCGGACUUGUUCGCUGCGCGCUCUUCUGCGCCGCGCGGGACGCCGACCUCCGCGCCUUCGAGCUACUCGUCGUCCGGUGACGUGUGCAGCUCCCUGUCUGGAGAUGCGGGGUCGCCGUACUUUGUGCCCUCGCGCGCGUCCUCCAGCGCCAACUCGUGGUCUUCUGCGUCGCAUCUGCAGCGCCAGGCGUUCGCGUGUGCGCGCGACAAGUGA